AUGACUACUCCUGCUAAUCCUACAGAAAAUUUAAUAUCUGAAUCUUCUUCGAGUUCACCAACAGAUACUUUACUCAUCCUUCCAGAUCCACCGAAACAACCAUUCUUGGAGGUGCAAGAGGAUCAAUUCAUCAUGAUCACUGAACUUGCUGUAUGGAUAAUUAACAAUCACCUACGAGAUCAUUUAGCUAUUCAUGGCAUUGAACAAAAUAUUAGUACGGAUUUUCCUCUGAGUAAGAGAACGUAUGAAGAUAAUACAGUUCGUUAUUUAUCUAAAUCUUGGAUCGAGCACGUCCAUGUAAAUGCUUUGAGUUUGAAGAAAAGAGAAAGUAUUUGUGGUCGCAUCGAUAAAAAACUUACAACUCAACUCGACGAAGAGAUUUCUUACUGGAAGAACGUAUUAAAAUGUGUAGUAGCUACUAUUAUAGCACUUGUGUCAAGGGGUCUUCCUUUUAGAGGAGACAAUGAAAAAUUCGGAUCGGUGCAUAAUGGCAAUUACCUAAUGUCCUUUGAACUUAUAGCAGAAUUUGAUCCAUUUUUAGCUGAUCAUAUUUCGAGAUGUGGCAAUCCAGGCAGUGGUCAUAUAAGUUAUCUCUCCUCUACGAUUUGCGAAGAAUUCAUACAAUUAAUGGCAAAACAAAUAACAAAUGUUAUCGUUGAAGAAAAACAGGCAGCAAAAUAUUUUCCAAUUAUUGUAGAUUCUACGCCUGAUUUAUCUCAUGUCGAUCAAUUAACAAUAAUUAUUCGUUAUGUACAAGAUGACGGCUCGCCUAUUGAGCGCUUUCUUGAAUUCAUUCCUAAUGUAGGUCAUACCGCAAAGACAAUUUCUGACGCUGUUAUUGAAUCAUUGGAAAAAUUUGGGAUUGACAUUAAGAAUUGCCGUGGGCAGUCUUACGAUGAUGCCUCAAAGAGGGCUCUAGGCAUUUCAGAUGUCCUAGAGUAUGAAAAAGAUACAAGACGAGAGAAAAAGAAAAAGAGAAAAGCCGAUGAAUCUGUAAGAGAAAAAGUUAAAUUAACCGGACGAGAAGACUUACGAAUCAGUACUUUUCUCGUCAUCAUUGAUAAUCUUCUAAUUGAUAUUCGUCAAAAAGCGAACGAAUUACAAAAGAUAUUUCCUGAUGAUCUCGAAGAAACAUUUUCCUAUGAAUGUGUACAUUUCGGUGCUCACUGCUCUUUGAGUUCUAAAAAAUUACAGACAACAACACAAUUAUUGAAGUUGAUUCGCAACGAAGAUUUGCAGAGUAUAUACCCAAACGUCGAUCCAAACGUCGAUGUAGCUCUUUGCAUGAAGGUCAGACUAAAUGCUCUCGCUGUACUUAUCAUAGAAUCACAACAACUAAGAUCUCUGGACUACGAGGAUGUGAUAGUCAUUUGCCAAAAAAAAAGCUAG